ACAAGACAGGCAGAAGUACUUGGUGACGGGAUUAAAGUGCUUUUUAUUUAAAAAUACGAAAAUUUACAUUUAAUUACAGACUAUUAUUAAAUUUUUGAAAUGAAUGACAACGAAAAAGAAGAAGCUGCGAACUUGAAAGAGGAGUUUGAAUGGGUUCUUCGUGAGGAAGUUCACGCUAUAUUACAUCAGCUCCAUUCAGUCUUAGUGGAAUGUGCACACAGAUUUCCAGUACCGUUAUAUGGAAAUGAAGGUCAAAAACAAGAUAAAUUCAUUUUAACAUCACAACCUGAACAGUUAAAAUGUAUUGUUACUUUAACUGGUGACAGCAUAACUCAUGCAGAUAUUAGUUUCAAAGUAUUGAGACAGAUGCACACAAUAUGCCGGACAUCAAUUAAUCAGGAUGGACCCUGGAAGUUACAACAGAUCCAAGACGCAGCUAAUCAUCUUCAGCAGGCCAUUGGCUAUAUUGAUAAUGUGGACAAACACUAUGUCUUUAGAUCUUCAGAGGAAGUGUUACACAUUAUACAAUGUUUGCUAGGCUCGUUACAAAGAGCUCGCACUGCCCUAGUCUUACCGAAGAAGAAAGCAAUAGAUGAGCUCAUGAAGAGUAGGAAUAUGAAGGCUCUUUCACCUAAUCUACCUGAAGACUUGGCAAUAUCAUUCUACAUACAGUCACACAAAUUGAUAUUUGUAGCAUAUCAGUUGAGUUCUGUUCAUGGAACUAUGCGCAUAGACUCAUGCCAAGCAGACUGUGCAGUGCCUUGGCUGAGUGAUGUCCUAUUCAUGUUGACAGCUGCCUUGCACAUGUGUCAACAGCUUAAAGAUAAGCUCUGUGUCUUCUCUCAAUAUAAAGAUUUCACCGUUGGAUCAAGAUCUGCUUCUAUGAUAUUAAAUUAAACCAACUAAAAUCAACUUUUACACUUGUCAACACAGUUUUAUUGUCAUCUCUCAUUAUUCGAAUUAAAUUAUUUCAAAUUCUUCAAAUUCUCUUAUUUAUUAUAAUGAAGUUUUCUUUGAAAUAAUUAUUUCACAAAGCCAAAUAAAAGCAUUAUUGUGAAGACUCUGUUGAUGAGUGUAAACAUGCAUGUAUUAAUUUAAUAUAUAGUUAUUGAGUCCAUUGUUGAUAUUCUUGUUGACUUUGUUGUAAUAUUUGUACCAUAAUGUAUAUUUAUAAUGUUAAUAUAACAUAAGUAUAUUUAGUAAACCAUGUAAAAUUUAAUUCAAUAAUGUUUCUGGUGUAAAAGAUGUAUUCCUGGUGUACUAUAAAAUUUAUAUUAUGCUCUAAUAUUUUUUAGCAUUUAGAUUUUAUUUAGUUACAGUAACUAUUUAUUUUUUAUUAUUUACCAGUAUUUGAAAAUUUCUGUUAUUAUGAAAAGUUUACAGAAUUGCAGAUAAUAACAGAAGAGUAACGGCCUUACACAUAAAAGUUUAGUUAAACAUUGAUUUAUCCUUUUCUCUCAUCAUUGAUUUGACAAUCUAUAGAAGACAGCAAUUUUAGGUAAAAUAAUAUCAACCUUGUAUGAUCCAUUGGUAAGUAUGCAAUGCUUUGUCUCUGUCGAACGUCAAAUUAUCAAUGUGACAAAGAGAAAAAUCUGUGUGUUUCAACUGAUAUGGUAAUGUUGGUGAGGCGGUUAAUCAUUAGAAUUGGAGGCUACUAUGAUAUAUAAAAAAUCAGAUUUGAUGUUUGUUAAAAAUUACAUAUAUGUAUUAUGUUUUUAAAUGUACUGUUUAUACAGAUAAGAUCUGAAAAUAAAUUGAAAUCUUUUUUAUAUGUAUUAUUUAGACCAUUGAAAGGUAUUUGCGAACAAAUCAAUGCUACCUUAUCACAUUUAACAUUACUAAUGCUUAUUUACUCGAAUUCUAAUUGUGUGUACAAUCAUAUUAAUUGAUUCAAGUACAUUUUCCAUGGUAUAUUUAAUUUAAUCUGCACAUACUAUGUUGUAUAUAAUAUAACUGUAUAUCUUUAAACAUAUUUUUUGGUUGUUUAGUACAGUACAGUUAAAUGUCACAAAUAAUAUAAUUCAAUAAAUCAGACUUUCUUUGUAUUAUACAGCAGGAGGGGAUCUGAUAACCGAUAAGUUUGUCGGAUUUUUGUAAUCAAAGAGAAAUGUUCUACACAUACAAAUGGGUCAAUGGUCACAGAAUCAGUAUGAAUAGUAUGGUUUUAUAUGUACAAAGCAAUAUUAAUAAUAUACAUGUAUUUUAACAAAUGGGACAAUCUCAAAAUUCGGGGAAUACCGAAAAUUAUUAAAUUAGGUAUUUAAUAUUUUUAUAGUAAAAAAGCAGCUCCAUAUUGAAGCCAAGCUUAGACAGCUUAAGAAUGGGCAGUAACGACAUAUUAUUAUCGUCUUGACGCCAUGAUAAUAUCCCGAUAUAGUUGUUUUUGUAAACUAAAUAAUGACUCUACAAGUAAGAGUCUGCUAAUAUAAAGUAUUAUGUAUUAAAAAAAGCUUUUUGAUGCAGCAAUUACCAAGUUUUAUUAUUCUUUGUAAAUUGAUCUAAUAAUUUGAUUCGAUAAUAUACAUAUAUGUAUUUUUUAUAUUAUUAAUUAUGAGGCUGAAAUAAUGGCGAAAUAUUUGAAAAUCAACUAUCAACAUGUCAAGUUAUAUUUAUAAGUUUAUUCCUACAUUAGUGGCUUUACUUUAAUAACAUUUUGUAGUAUAUGAACAUUUAAACAGGACACUAUUAUUAUUUAAGUGCUCUCAUAGAACGUCGAAUUGCUUAUGUAUUUAUUCAAUGAAAAAAUAAUCACAAUUUUAGUACAUUUUGAUGUAACUUGCUCUAUGUAUUUUUAUAAUGAAUGCUGCCUUUGAAAUAGCAAUAGUUCAAAUAUUUUAAUAGAUAGUAAAUUAACAGUGAAAAGUUGCAUUUUUAUAAUUAUGAUGGUGGAUAAAAAUGUGAUAAUAUCUAUAAGUGAUAAUGUACUUUAUUGUGCAAUGUCCCCUAUUUUAUUGAUGAUUACAUGACUAGAUUUCAAUUGUUCUAUUAUAAAUGGUGCCGAUAUGAAUCUGUCUACAUGUCGAUAAUCAAUGUAUUUUUUAAUUUUAUUUAACGAUUUUAUAGUUUUGAACUAAGGUAUAAUAUUAUGGAAUUGGAAAUAUAUUAAUAUUGUAUUUAAAAGCACUUAUAAUAAAUAAAAUUGUUCAAGCACUUUCUGAGAUGAUAGUAGAAGUUAUAUAGUAGUUUUAAUGUUUUAUUUAAUAAUAAUUUCUCUUCUGUAACACUUUUUUCAAAGCUCUAUAAUCAAUUGUGAUAACAACAUAGUUUUUAAUUUUAAAAUUAUUGUGUUAAAUUUCAGUCUUUUAAGUAACUUGCAUAAGUUAUUCAACAAACAACAUUUGACAUGUUUGACAAUAAAAUAAUUAUGUAGUAUUACUAAAAUAAGUAGCAAAAAAAAUAUACUAUUGCAUAACAGUUCUUGUGGUC